AUGCUGCAACAUUUGGUGUACAGGUCCAAUUGGAGGUCUUUGCUGUCACUACUUCUGCUUGCUUUAGGAUGUGCCACUGCAUCAGAAAUCACAUUUGAACUGCCAGAUAAUGCCAAGCAGUGCUUCUAUGAAGAUAUUACUCAGGGAACUAAGUGUACACUAGAGUUUCAGGUGAUUACAGGUGGUCACUAUGAUGUGGAUUGCCGGCUAGAAGACCCCGAUGGCAUAGUGUUGUACAAGGAGAUGAAGAAACAGUACGAUAGCUUCACCUUCACAGCCACCCGAAAUGGAACAUACAAGUUCUGUUUCAGCAAUGAGUUUUCCACUUUCACCCACAAGACCGUCUACUUUGACUUCCAAGUUGGGGAAGAUCCUCCACUGUUCCCCAUUGAGAACAGAGCCACUGCACUGACUCAGAUGGAAUCUGCAUGCGUAUCAAUCCAUGAAGCCCUGAAGUCAGUCAUUGACUACCAAACACACUUCCGUUUAAGGGAGGCACAAGGACGCAGCCGAGCAGAAGAUCUUAAUACAAGAGUUGCCUAUUGGUCUGUAGGAGAGGCUAUCAUUCUUCUAGUUGUAAGCAUUGGACAGGUAUUCCUGCUCAAGAGUUUCUUCUCCGAUAAAAGAACCACCACAACACGCGUUGGAUCAUAA